UAGACUGCUGUUGAUUUUGACCAGAGGUUAUAAAUUUGGAAUAAUAUCUUUAUACCGUCCGUGUUCUGAUAAGAAGUGACUACAACAGCCAUGAUGUUGGCAGAAGUUGGAUGUACGGUCAUGGGUUUCAUCCUGUAUAUCUCAGCUGAUGAAGGUCUUUCGGGACAAGCAACCAGCAUCUGUGCCUUAAGAGGUUCAUCAGUGGAUCUGCCCUGCUCAGCUCAUCCCACUUCAAGCAAGAAAUGGUACACUGUACACUGGGUUGACUACGAAGUUGUUCAGAAAGAGCUCUCUACAGAUGGAAAUCGUGUGACAUGCAACAUGUCUGAAGGGAGUAACUUCACUCUAACGAUCAAUGAUUUAAGAGAAAGUGAUGAAGAUGUUUACUACUGCAGAGAGAAUACAGAAAACUCCUGGCUUAGAAAACUUCAGCUCCAUGUUGCAGACCUGCAGGUAAAGGUGAUUCCCACCACAGAGGGACAGACAGUAACACUGAUGUGUAGCACCAGCUGUCCUCUGACUGAAAACCCUGCAGCCUACAUCUGGUACAAGAACAGAGAGUUUCUCUAUGAGGACUGGUCUCCCUGGUACCAACAGCUGGUCAGCAGUGACGAAGCAGUCAGAUACUCCUGUGCUAUCAAAGGCUACGAGGAUCUCAGAGCCCCUGAAGUCUCAGUGGAUUCUGUCUCACCGACCUGCUUUAAUGUGACCUACGCUAAAGGAAGAAUGUGUUCGUACAAGCAGAAAUCCGAGGAUGAGCCCUGCUCCAUCACAUAUCCCAGAGAAGUACAUGUCCAGAGGACACAUUCAGAGGGCUAUGUCACUCUGACCUGUACUACCAGCUGUCCUCUGACUGACCCUCAAACCACCUAUAGGUGGUACCAAAAUAGACAAUUACACAGAUACAUUGAGAGUCAACAAUUCUCAGUUUCCCGCUCCUCUGAUAAAGUAUUCUCCUGUGCUGUAAAAGGCCACGAGGAUCUGCUCUCUGCUGAAGUCUGUUCUAAGGAUAAGAACUGCAGAAGUGUGAACUAUGUCAGCAGGAGAAUCUGUGCUCUGCAAAGUUCUUCAGUGAACAUUUCAAGUAAAUAUUUGCAUCCUGACAACAUGCAGCCCAAGUCUAAAUUAUGGUAUAAAAUAAAGAGAAGUAGUGAGGAGGAUGCUGAAAAUGUGAUUGAGGCUGCAGGCCGUGUGGAGUAUCGUGACAACAUGAAGAAUCACCACAUGCUGAGAAUUAAAAAGCUGAUGAAGAAUGACUCAGCAGAAUACACAUUCAGACACCUAACAGAAGAAAGAGGACAAAAACUGAUGUCUGAUUUACCUGGAGUGACGUUGGUUAUCACAGGCCUGAAAGUGACACUGACUCCUUCAGCAGUGGUGACAGAGGGCCAGAGAGUCACACUGACCUGCAGUACCAGCUGUCCUCUGACUGACAACACAAUCUACAUUUGGUACUUGAACAGUCGACCUCUGACCCGGCCAGAGAACCAAAACAAACACCUGGUUCUAGACCCAGUCAGCAGUCAGCAUGCAGGAAACUACUCCUGUGCUGUCAAAACCCACAACACCAUCACUUCACAUGAAAUGACUCUAACUGUUCAAGCUCGAGGGAAAUCAAUGGCAAUACUUAAUGCAGUAAGAAUAACUGUUGUAUUACUGAUCCCAUGUUCUCUACUUCUCUUCCACCUGUGGAUGAGGAAGAAGAAAACGCUGACCUCCACCGAUGAGCCUAAUGACAAAGGUGAAAGAUCACCUAUGAGAACAUCACAUUGCUAGUCACGAAUCCUGUGACUACUGCACCAAGGCAACCAAAGGAGUAGGAAGACAUUGUGCAAUGUCUGCUUGGGUUUUAGGCUGUACGCAUGGCAUUUUAGUCAGUCGUGUUCAUUUAGGUCCCUUUUGGCAAGGAAUGUUUUGCGCACUCGUUACCAUAAGAGCGCCUGAAAUGUGCAGUAUAUGGUGCAUCAAAAUUUAAAGGUCACACAAAGCCAUGGUAAUCCAUCUUCCGUUCUAAACAAACUGUCAAGGCAGGACAUAUUUUAAAACAUAUGCUUUUUGGUGUAUGCCUAGAUGUCUAUAAAAACAUCUGUUAAACAGUUAAUCAAAGCAAAACUUACUCUCUGUUAUUUAAUAAUAUAAUAUUUCUUCUGCUCCCAAGUGGUCAGUAAAAAUAAUGCAGCAUUAAUAUUUCACUAUAAGGUUUGUUUUUCUGUUGCCGCUGUAUCAGCACUGUGAAAAAAAUCGAAUAAAUGCAUUUAUCUUUUGAAUUUAAGUUCAUUACAAUGAUCACAGAUGUUAAAAAAAACGUACUGAUCAACAAAGUAGCAGGGACAUGCACACACAAAGCUAUUUUAUUCUAUUUUGUUCUGUGUGACUCUGGUGGUACUGAGCCCCAUACAGUCUAUAGGUGCAUUUCCAUCCACUUGUUUUCAUGUGCAUUGCAUAGAUUUGCAUGUAAAAAUAUUUGACUGGAAAUUUGAAAAAAAAAACCUCACAAAAACGUUUUAUGCUUGGCUGAUGUGGAAAGGUUGGUGUAUCGAUAAAAGCAAAAAUGGUGGAUCUGCCCUGUUCAGCAACAUCCCACUCAGUGGGAAUCCACUCAGUUAUGAGGAGUGCAGUUGUGAUCUGCAAAUUAGUGGAAACUUUAAAUAGAGUAUUUGGCUAUUAAAAGGAAAGACACAGCAGCAUUAACCUUUAUUGUUCAGUUUAAUUUUGAUCAGUAAAUCUUUUUUUUUUUUUUUGCUUAUUCUUUUCACAUAUUAAAAAUUCCAUAUUAAUUUGUUUUGUUUUCUACAUGUUUUCUAAGAUGGGUGUGCUUUCUACAAGGUUUUAACUUGUUGUGUCAUGCAUGAGUGUUUUUAUUUAAAUAAACCUUACUGGAAUUAGCUCUUUUAAAGCUAAGACUAGCAGCAAAAUAUUUAUAUAAUUUAAGUGUUUGACUUGACAUGUGAAAUUCUGGUUAAAACCGAAUGACAAUGCACAAUCUAGAGACGGGUGACAACUUAAAGAGAAACAAAACAAAACAGCAUAACAGUGUCCUAGUAAGGUGUUAGGCCACCAUGAGCCAUAAGAACAGCUUCAGUGUGCCUUCAGGCAGCGUUUGUGGCUGUGUGGUACAUCACCGGGACAAACAUGAGAUAACUUUGUGCCAUCUUACUGUGUUUUGAAUACCUUGGGAAAGAUGUUGGUGGUCUAAUCUGAACCCAUCAGAAUAUGACCUUUUGAUGUCACCCUGAUCUGCCUCUAAUCUCUAUGAGCUGCUUUGCAAAGCAUCAUGGGUUCUGACCACAGAG